UGAUGCGUCGUAUUUCGUGCAAAAUGUUUUAAGUGUGAAGUUAUGGCAGCUGCAAUUAACUUGUAUGGUCGAUGCAUCUGAUAGCAGUUAAGCCUAACGUCAAGUGACUAGUUGGAAUAUCGCUGGAUUAUUGCGGUAAAGCCUACUCGCGCAUUUAGUCUACACCAUUUUUGAUUCACUGAAUUGCCAUUGCAUUCGUGUUAAAUGUGCUUUUCGUUCAACUCCCUCCAAGGGAAGCUUGCGCGGCAUUUGUGAAGCAUGCCAGAGACCGUCACAAAGAACGGCGUAGUUUUCUUUUUUAUGUAUACGUGGUUGGGAAACUUAUUCUAAACAUUGCUUCCAUCUCCACAGCCUUCUUUUGGCUACAGAGUCAUGGUCAUGGAAACUCCGACCGCUCUUCACAUAGGGCGGGAGUUUGUUCGACAGUAUUACACGGUGCUCAAUAAGACUCCCCUACACUUGCAUCGGUUCUACAGUCAGGACUCCUCUUUUGUGCAUGGGGGCCCUGAAAAGCAGGAGUGUGCGAUGGGUCAGCAUGACAUCCAUCAGCGCAUCAUGCAGCUUAACUUCCGUGACUGUCAUGCAAAGAUCAAGCAAGUGGACUCGCUCACUACUUUGGGUGAAGGUGUCGUUAUUCAGGUGACAGGAGAGUUGUCCAAUGCUGGCCAACCCAUGCGUCGUUUUAUGCAGACAUUCGUUCUGGCACCUCAGCAGCCUCUGAAGUACUAUGUGCGCAAUGACAUCUUCCGUUACCAAGAUGAGGUAUUCACAGAGGAGGAGGAAGAGGAAGAAGGCAAUACGGCUGCUGAGCAAGCUCAGGAAGAGGUUUCCGAGCCCCUAAUGGCACACCAUCAAGCUGCGCAUUCGGAAGUGGUACAGCACACUGCUGAUGCCACAACUGCUUUGGUGAAUGAAGCACCCGUCCUCCUCGGGGAGAGCAGCUGGGCAAUGGUGGUAGCAGUCCACCUUCCAACAGUGUGGCUCAAACUCCUGGUCGGCCUGCUUAUUUUGAUUCUCAGCAGGUCAUGCGAAAUGGGACAGCACAUCUAGUCCCAGAGGUUGAGAUUUCUUCACAAGCAUCUCUGACAAGUGGCAGCCC